GGAAAUGUCACACUAAAUCAUGUGUAAAUUAUUGGAAGAAAAAUGACUCUUCCUCUAACCCGCCUAGCAGAUUCAAAAAAGGAAACUGCCCCGAGUGUAAUCGUAGUAAUGUCAUUAUCAAUCCUGGAAUUGGGAUGUGUAAUGAUUGUGGCAUGAGACAACUUCGCUUAAUGAUUCAAGAGUUAACCAAAGAUGAAGAAAAUAAUGAACUGGAAGCAGCCAGAAUAGUAGAAGACAACAUUCAAACUAUUGAAAAAGAUUUAUAUCCUGAACGCAAUAAGAACAAAGGUGGCUCGGGGUUGAUAUGGAUUUUAGUAAUAGUCGGGGUUGCUGUGAUAGGAUUG